AUGACAACGAAUAACUACCAGUGGCCAACUGAAAGGAGACAAACCAAGAAGGUGUCUGGUAUGAUUGAAAUGGAUGCUAUUUCCAUGCUUACAACACAAGUGGCAGCAUUAACGAAGCAGUUACAACAUAGAAACUUGUCAUCCCAAACCAUGCAAUUCAUGAUUGAAACCAGAGCAUCUAUUAGGAGUUUGGAGACUCAAUUAGGGAAGUUGGCUACUUUGAUGACAAACCAUGCUCAAGGGAACUUACCAAGCACUACUAAGGUAAAGUCAAAAGAGCAGUGCAAUGCAAUAUCCUUGAGGAGUGGCAAGGAGUUAAAAGAGCCAAAAGUGGUUGAUAAGGAAAAGGAAGUGACUGGGUCAAAUCAACACAUCAAUAUCCCAUUUUCUGAGGCACUUCAACAAAUGCCAAGUUAUGUGAAGUUUAUGAAAGAAAUUUUUUCAAAGAAAAGGAAGUUGAGGUAUUAUGAGACAGUGACACUUACUGAGGAGUGCAGUGCGAUAAUUCAAGAGAAACUACCUCCCAAGCUUAAAGAUCCUGGUAGUUUCAAUAUACCGUGUUCUAUAAGGGGCUCAGUGGUGACAAAGGCUUUAUGUGAUUUAGGGGUCAGUGUGAAUUUAUUUCCUCUAUCAAUCUUCCAGAAGUUGAAUUUGGGAGAAGCUCGACCUACUAACGUGUCUUUGCAGAUGGUAGAUAAAUCAAUCAAACAUCCUCGUGGAGUGAUUGGGGAUGUAUUGGUGAAAGUGGAUAAAUUCAUCUUUCCUGUGGACUUUAUCAUUCUUGAUAUGGAGGAAGAUGACAAUAUUCCACUAAUACUUGGCAGGCCAUUCUUGGCUACUGGUAGGGUUUUGAUCGAUGUACAAAAGGCUGAGUUAAAGUUGCAAGUGCAAAAAGAGGAGGUCAGUACUUUGGAUCAUGAGCUAAACGCGAAAAGGAGAGGAAAUGGUGGAAAAUUUGAGUUUUUGGUGGUUGUUCGACUCAAAUUGUUAUUGAAAUUGUGUUUGUAG